CUCUCAGAUUCUCUGUUUUUCGCUUUUGCUCGAACCGGAAUCGGAACUCUCUCUCUCUCUCUCUCUCACAGCCGAAAGACGGAGCAGCCUGAGUCAGAAAGAGAUCGGAAAUGGUGGCGUCAUCGGCCGCGGCGGCGAACAUCUACCCGUUGUCGAGUUACACAUUCGGGACCAAAGAGCCCAAGAUGGAGAAAGACACCUCUGUCGCCGAUCGCCUCGCUCGCAUGAAAGUCAAUUAUAUGAAGGAGGGAAUGAGAACGAGCGUAGAAGCAAUUUUGCUGGUACAGGAGCAUAAUCACCCGCACAUUCUUCUGCUCCAAAUUGGGAAUACAUUCUGUAAACUUCCUGGAGGGCGUCUGAAACCGGGGGAGAAUGAAAUUGAGGGACUGAAAAGGAAGUUAACGAGCAAGCUUGGUGCUAAUUCUCCAGCUCUUGUGCCAGACUGGCAGAUAGGAGAGUGUGUAGCUAUCUGGUGGAGACCAAACUUUGAAACCAUUAUGUACCCGUAUUGCCCGCCGCACAUAACAAAACCAAAGGAAUGUAAAAAGCUUUUCCUGGUUCAUUUGUCUGAAAGGGAAUACUUUGCUGUGCCCAAAAACUUGAAACUUCUUGCAGUUCCAUUGUUUGAACUCUACGACAAUGUCCAGAGAUAUGGGCCCGUCAUAUCAACCAUCCCGCAGCAGCUUUCUAGAUUUCACUUCAAGAUGAUAACUCAGUGAUUUGUGCAAUCAGCGGCAUUUCGCUUGUAGGAGUCGACGUAUCAGUCAUUUUUAGCUCAUUCAGACAGCACUGACUUAUCAGAGAAAAAGUAUGGGAUGCUCUAUUUAUGCCGGUAACUGCAAGGCGACCUAAUGCCAUCAUAGGUUGUAUGUUGGAACUCAUUCCUAAACUUCCUGUAGGUGUUGAACUGUUGUCCAAUUUUAAUCUUCCAUUUUGCUUGAUGUUUCUUGGGGCAUAAUCUAAACGGUGUCCAUUUCACUCUUAUGCUGAGCUAUCAAGACUUUUUGGAUGUUGCCAUAGAAUGUCUAGGAUAUAAUUGUGUCGUUCUUGCUAAAUUUUACAGACGCAUUAUGCUGAUUUAACAAGUACGAUAACUUCAGCACAAUGAUCUUUUGACGACUUAA